AUGACUGGACGCGGAAAAGGUGGCAAGGGUCUCGGAAAGGGAGGAGCCAAGCGUCACCGCAAGAUUCUUCGUGACAACAUCCAAGGUAUCACAAAGCCUGCGAUCAGACGUCUCGCCCGUCGUGGUGGUGUCAAGCGUAUCUCAGCCAUGAUCUACGAAGAGACUCGUGGUGUUCUGAAGACCUUCCUCGAGGGUGUCAUCCGUGAUGCAGUAACCUAUACCGAACACGCUAAGAUUAGUACCCCUGUCCUCUUCUUUCGGCGUCUGACUAACCUUUACCACAGAAAGACUGUUACAUCCCUCGACGUUGUUUAUGCACUCAAGAGACAAGGUCGUACUCUUUACGGUUUCGGCGGUUAG